AGGACCUCAAGUUUCGGGUUCAUUUUUUUUCCGGAGCCACAGGGCAAAAAGGCCAUGGGCUGUGGUCAGAGUCUUGUGGAGGAGCACAGGCACAGCCGUCACAGUCUGCCGGUGAACAUACUUCCCGCCGAGGUGAAAGAGGCGAUCGCGCGGACCAAGCGGACGAACACAGUGCAGACCCUCCAAUCGGAGCAGAGCAGCGUCCUCCAGAUCGGCGAUCGCUUUGAGAUGGAAGUAGAAGCACCGGAAGCACACCAGCACUUCAACUCCUGGAAUCACCAGGUGGACGAGAUCGAUCGCAGGGCCAUGAGGAGGGGCCAUGCCAUGCCGAUGAACCAGGCAGCUCAUUUCCACUUCAUGUCGAAGUUGGAGAAGUCUUUGAGCACUUUGGCGAAGAACCCGGAGCAAUUGAAGCAGGAGGUUCGGCAGCGGCGGAAGCGCGAGGAGAUUGCAAAGAUGCAGUCCUUCGGCAGCUUGCCCGGGGCCAACACAGAAGCCGGCUCUGACAGCUAGCGCCGUGCGACGGGAGAGAGGAAGCGCCCGUCGUCGCCCGUGACCUCCGCCUGGAGCGAGAGCCGUUCAGAAUGAGACCGCCAGGCCGUUCAUUCCUUGGGUUGGGGGUGCCCAGAUGAAUCCCUGGGACUUGGGAUUCGUUUCGGGUUGCCUCAGAGCUCCGGACAACAGAUGUUGCCGGAACAUUGUGUGUGUGUUGUUUUUGGUGACAUGGGCUAGGGCU